AAGUUCGCAUGGUGGGGCGUUCGUAAGCCGAGGUUCCACUGUAUUUAUAUGUUAUUUGCUAUAUGUCUAAUAGUAUCCUGUAAAAAUCUAUACAUCUCUGCUCUGGCUCCCAGAGAGAGACUGAAUUUCCUAAAUUUGUUUUCGUCACAUAUACAGCAGUGCUUGAAAGCACUAAACCAACAAGGGUCAUACAGCGCUGUGGGGCAGAAAAUAGUGCCGGGUCUAUAAACAGCUAGUUGGAAAAGGGAUCAGAAGUGAGGGAAGAAAAGGGCUGAAAGGGGCACAAGGGGCUAUAUGUCAAAGUUCGUGUAGUAAAGCAGUUGCUGACAAAAAGUUAAAAAGUGAUUGUAAGUCAAAGGCAGGACCGUCAGCAAAGAGGGAAGAUAAGCUUGAUGAAUAAAAUGCCUCAAUAUUUAAAAAAAAAAAUUGUUGGAUUGACCCCCUCCCCUCCUAAAGACUGCUGUUUAUUUCGUUAACUUACACCAGCUUGCCACAAUUCAUUUCUUGCAAUAUUGUGUGUGUUUGGCCUAGUUUUAUAUUUAACGUAAUCUUCUUAGAAACUUAAGUAGCAAUGUUCAGAUUUUUUUUGUAUGGUGCCUUUUUCAUAAUGCACCAUUAUUAAAACUUCGACUACUGUGUAAAAUUCUUAGAACUCUUAUUAAAAAUUUUGUCAAGAGUGGCUCCUGUAUUUUGAUUUAUUGCAGAAACUGUAAUAACAUUCUUUCGGAGUUAUGUACUGUAUAUUAUGGGGCUCAACAAGUCUAAUAUACCACAUGUACAGAAACUAAAGACAAUAGUUUUUACAAUUUUCUAAAGCUUUUUGUAACAAAAUGCUCUUCAUAAUAAUAAGCUACAGUAUAUAUAUAAUUGCAUGUUUAUCAAAAUAGCAUCACUAAUUGUUUUCUUAAUUAUAUUAACUGAUGCAUCGUAACCUUGCAGUGGUGGGCUCCAUCCCGGGUCCUGGUGUGGCCCCCAACAACAGUACCAGUGAAGGAGGUGGUGGUGGCAGUGGUAGUGGUGGCAGUUUGAUGGAUUCAAUUGCAAAUAACCUUAACUGGGAUCAUAACCUUCCAGCACCAGCAUCCAUUCUUCCUGGUGGUGCCAACAACAGUAGUGGUAGCAGUACUGUUGGCGGUAGUGGUGGUGGUGGUGGUGGUGGCAGCAACAAUACUGGCAAUGUGACAGCUGGAGCAGCGUCAACUGCUGGAGUUGUGGUCCCCGGACCGACAGGACCACUUAUGAAUAAUGGCUCCCGAGACAUGUCAUCUGCAGAUUUGCAGAAACUACAGCAGCAACUCCAUGACAUUAAAGAACAGACAAUGUGUCCAGUUUGUCUUGACCGCUUAAAGAACAUGAUCUUCCUCUGUGGCCAUGGAACAUGCCAGAUGUGUGGUGACCGCAUGCAUGAAUGUCCAAUCUGUCGUAAGCCUGUAGAAAAGCGAAUUUUGGUGUUCUGAGCCUAAGAAUUUGGCUCAUGCAGUUUAAAUGAAGUUUAAGAGGUGCAUUCCAUGUGUUGUACAUUCAUGAAACAGAUGCAUGCUUUCUGAAAAUUACUGUUAUGUCCAACUGGAAGUCACACUACAUACGACUCAUUGAAAGUGCAUUCCGUGUCCUCAGAAGAAAAUAUUUGCAAUUUUUUGAAUGCUGUUUUUAAUGAACCUGAUACUGGUGGUGCUUUCAUUGUUUAUUUUAUUUAGACUUAUUCCUCCCAUAGUUUUGUCAGUAUUGUAAAACAUUUUUCCUGAUAAUUUUUUAUGAAAGAGAUCAUUAUCACUGCUUUUAAUAUAAAAAUAUUUGACAGAAUUUGGCAUCAGAGGAAUUAAGCAUUUUUAAAUCUAUUAUUUAAAAGUAUAUAAAAGUUUUGGAUACUUAGAUAUCUUACAGAUUUGUUGAUACAAAACUUGAUUUUGUGUACUGAUUACUUACACUUUUAGUUCAUUGUAAGUGAUCAAGUGUUUGCAGUAAUUGAGAUUGUAAAACUAUUGUUGCUAGCAGUGUCUUACAUUGUUUCAGUUAAUUUAUAUAUUAUAUUGUCUAUGUAAGUGAAUCCUAUAUAUUAAUUUGUGUACACUGUAGUUAAAGGAAUUGAUCUUUACCAGUUUAAGAUUAUUCCACAAGGCUUUUAAUUCCAAUUAGCAUACUUUAACCUAUACAUAUUUUUGGUGGCUUAAGUUUUGUCCCAUAGCCAAACAAAAAAGAUGGAAGAAAAUACAGCUAAUAUUAAAAUACUACAUUUUAAUGCAUGAGAACCUGCUGUGUGUUCAGUUUUAUGAACCACUUGGGAAUAACAAUCACCAUUGACAAAUACCUACAUAUACCAUUAAUAUCAGAUGUAAAUAAAAAUCACAGUACCCUGAUGAGAAUAAGUCACAACUAACCUACAGUUUGAAAAGGAAACUUGAGCUGAGGGUUCAGUCAGCCCUGAACCAUUAGCAUUAUUAUUAUAAUUAUGAGGGAACGCUAAACUUGUAGGAUUAUACAGUGCAUGUGCAGGGGGAUGGAAGGUAUUCAGGCUCAUUUCAGGGAACUGGAGCACAGAUCCAAUUCCCUAGAUCAAGAGCCCCUUACCAGUGUCAAGGAACCUCCCUUGAAGGGAUGAACCAUUAGCAAAACAUCAGUAAGACAGAAGCUAGUAGACAGGUCAGGUGAAGAGGUGGUGAGAAAGAUAUUAUUAUAAUCAUAGUAAGAUAUCCUUAUUAUAAUCAUAGUAAUGUACUAAAUAUGUAGGGGUCAUGCAGCAUCUACAGAAUAGGAUGUAAUAAUAUUUGAGUCAAAGGAAGAGAAAGCUUCUCCAAUUAUUUUGAUCACGAGGCCUUUACCCAGCAUUCACCCCCCUUGAAGGGAAAAGAAGCAUAAGAAAAGGCAAGUCUUAUAAGUUUACUGAAUUAAAAACAAAACAGCUUUUGGAAUGGGAAACAAGCCACUGUAAAGGUGGGGGGCCCAUCUGUAUAGUGGUGUGUUUGCAAUCAUGUCAUUAUGAUUUUGUGAUUUGUUAGGAAUGGGAGGUUAUUAUUUAUAAUCAACUGCUGCUAAUAAUCUAUCAUACUUCAGCCCUUCAAGGACUCUUGACCAAAGAAUUUGAACAACCUUCCCUUUCCUUGGAUCAAACCUUAUUACCUCCCAUUCCUCAGGCAAUGUAUGACCCCUAUGGGUUUAGUGCUUCCUCUUAAAUAUAAUACUGAUAAUAUGUAGGUCAAGUUAAUUGCCUCUUCUCGUCACCCAACAUUGAAGAAUAAGUGAAUCUCUUAUGGACACUAAUGACAAGGACAAACACCAGUAUACGUAUUACAAAUUAUAAUCCUAUAUCUAGUAUCCUUAACCGAGUUACUUAGCUUUGUCUAAAGUUGUCAACUGUGAUUUGGGGAUGAUCUUUAGUCAAGGUAACAUCUAAAAUGACAGACAGAUGAACACAAUUAGGAUUAGUAAACUUAGAUGGUGAUUUACCUGUGGCCUUUUCUGUUUCUUCUAACCUUGCAGCUCAGCCAUAGGCCAGGAUAACUCAAAGUCAAGAAGUGGCACUUAUUUUCAUUAGGGUCCUUUAAGGUAAUUCUCAAGGAACAGAUGUAGCAGAUGUUUGGAUUGGUUAAUGGGGCUUAAAAAUGUAUAAAGGUUGCACAUCACCUGUUCACUGCCAAUCAUACUUUAAUCCUAAGGUAGGGAUUAAAUUGUCAGGUUAUAUUCACAGACACAUGCCUCAUGAUGAAUAUAUCCUGUCAUAGAUGUUAGGAAACUUGUGCAUGCAUCCAUCUUCUCCUCAGGUUCAACCCAAACACUUUUCAGUUGCAAGAUGAACACACACCAAUUGUGCUAUAAAGUAAAUAAACAAGCCCCAGAAGGUGAAAAGAACCUCACAGAGCUAAAAACUGUGCAUCAAAUCCGAUUUUACUGGUAAUUAUGAGUACUGUAUUUGUGAGUGAUUUUUCCCCUUAAGUGAUUCAUCAAAGCUCCACCAGAGAGAAGCAUUUUACUCUGCUUAACAUUUUAUGUUAUGGAUUGUUGUGUUAAUACAUAUAAAUAUUGUCUUACAGUAUACAAUUAAGCAUAAAUUUCUUUGUUAACUAAAGUAUUCUAUUAUGAGUUAAUUCAUAGUUAUUGAAGAUGAGAAUAAUGACUACUGGAAAUAUGAAGACCCCUUUACCUGGUAUUGAAGGUUCAUACUGUAUAUUUUAUUUUUGAGCACCUAUAAUAGUUUAGUAGUUAAUGCUAUAUAUGAACAGUACGUUAAGAUCUGCCUGGUGGCAUAGUUGUAACUGGUUGUCCCAAGUUGUUUAAGUGUACAUGUCCUAUGUUCAGUAUGAAUUUUUUGACUGAUCAUGCCAAAGAAAUAUAUAACAUUGCCAGGAUCUGGAAUUGCUGAUAUAACUCUUUCGCCAAAAGAGAAUUUUUUUUUUUUUGUCAUAUUUAAACUGCUGUUGACAACAUUUAAUAAAUGUAUACAUAGUUUUUGUUGACUAAUUCACAAUGAUAAAAUAUCACUGAGGAAUAUACAAUCAAAAUGUACACAAUUAAUCUUCAUAAAACUGCAUGAGAAAGCAGUAACAUGUUGCCCAAUGCACUACAGUAAAUCAAUUUUGACAGUUGCAAGAUUGUUAAUAUUGCACAGUAUAUUCAAAUGGAAACAUUAUACAUGUGGAUCACUUAGUACUGUGACAAUUGUAGAAUGAAAACUACAUGCUGCAUAUUUUGGUCAAGUAUGAAGUAAUCUGACAUAAGUGUUUAUAAGGCAGUACAUAUUAUAAAAAUAUUAAUAUAUUAGAUUUUCUACUGUGCUCUAUAUGCCUAGCAUUAAAUGCACAGUAACUAUGUAUAACAGUAGAAUGCUUCCAUAAUUUAAUACAAGAAUUUUACAUACUUAUAGCCAAGGAAAGUUCUUGUGAUUUUUUUUAAUUCUUGUUAACCUCCACUGGUUGACAGUAUAAAAAAGUAUUUAGCUUUUGACACAUGCUAUUUUAUUGGUUAAUUUGAAUCUUUCAUAAUGUAGUGACAUUUAAAGAAUCCUACCACAGUUUGUGUAAUAAAUGCUGCCUUUUA